GCUUGAAAGAUGAAGAAGCAGAAUGUGCGGACCCUCUCUCUCAUCCUCUGCAUGUUUUCCUACCUGCUGGUGGGAGCCGCGGUGUUCGACGCGCUUGAAUCAGAGACGGAGAGCUCCCGCCGACGCAUCCUGGAGCUGAAGCGCACCGAGAUGAAGAAGAAGUACCGGUUGUCCGAGGACGACUACCGGCAGAUCGAGCAGGUGGUGCUGCAAGCGGAGCCCCACCACGCCGGGAGACAGUGGAAAUUCGCCGGGUCUUUCUACUUUGCCAUCACGGUCAUCACCACCAUUGGUUAUGGCCAUGCAGCUCCAGGCACAGAUGCUGGGAAGGUCUUUUGCAUGUUCUAUGCUGUGCUGGGCAUCCCUCUUACCCUGGUCAUGUUCCAGAGCCUGGGCGAGAGGAUGAACACGUUCGUCCGCUACCUCCUGCGCAGGGCCAAGCAGUGCCUGGGGUUACGGAGGACUGAGGUGUCCAUGGAGAACAUGGUCUCGGUGGGCUUCCUGUCCUGCAUCGGCACUCUGUGUGUCGGGGCAGCAGCCUUCUCCCACUACGAGGGCUGGACCUUCUUCCACGCCUACUACUACUGCUUUAUCACGCUCACCACCAUUGGGUUUGGGGACUUUGUGGCCCUGCAGAAGAAGGAGGACCUCCAGGAGAAGACGCCCUAUGUGGCCUUCAGCUUCAUGUACAUCCUGGUKGGRYUGACAGUGAUMGGAGCCUUCCUCAACCUGGURGUGCUGCGCUUCCUCACCAUGAACACAGAGGACGAGAGGAGGGACGCCCAGGAGAGGGCCUCCAUCAAGAGAGAGAGGGGCCUGCUGACCAUGGGGCUCCAUGGAGGAGGACCAGGGCAGGGCAGAGGAGUGCUUAGGAUCAGGGAGAGGGACAGGAUGGGGCAGAGCCGCAGUCACAGCAACCUUUUCCGGCCCAUGGAGGAGGGCACCAGCCGCACUAACCUCAUCACCUCCCCAGUGGAGGAGCAGAAGGAGAGGGACAGGGCCAGGGGAGCACCCUGCAAACAGAGGCUGCACUUACAGCUGCAUGGCACAGGCAGACUAAGGACAGAGUCCCCCCUGGGCUCCCUGUGCUCCUGUAUGUGCUACCGUCUGGGGGUGUGUGACAGCCCCUUGCCUUCCCGCAGCGAGCACCACGGGUGUAACAUUAACUCUGUCUCCUACAGCUCCAUCUCCUACAGGACCCAAGGCUGCUCCCCCAGGGACAACACAGGACUCUCGUCCCCAGGGAACACACUCUCGCCUCGGCACAGCUUCAAGGAGUACCCCCACUCCCGGAGGAAGUCAGUGUAG